GUUUGUUUACAUGAUCAGCUGACCAGUGAUUCCGAAUUUCCGACAUGUAUAUUGUCAGCGAGGGAAUGUCGUGUUUCUCUGAUGGAUUUUAAGAAGAGAGAUAUCUAAAAUGAGCAUCACCCUAUUUGCCACACAUGGACGAGGCUUAGAUGCUUUUGCGCAAGAGGAGAUCCAUGAAAAAAUGACAAAUGUACAUAAUGUGCAAACUCUUGGAGAAGGCAAGAUUUCCUUCAGCAUUCCUUUAAAAAUCAGUGACUCCAAAGAGGAUAAAGGAAAUGAUGAAGAAAUAUUAAUUGGUGCAGUGUCUCCUGUAUAUGAUCUUAAAUUAGUGGAGAGGAUUUUUAUACUUUUGCACUGUGAAACAUUUGAUAUAGGUGAAACCCAUAAUGAAAGUGGAAAGGAAACAGACCACACCACAGACAGAAAGAAGAAACCAACAUACAAUGAUGAGAGUAAUAAUCAACUCUUGAAAAAGUAUGAAAGGAAACUUGCAGAUAUCAUAGACAAGGAAAAAUGGGCUAAAGUGGCAUACCAAGUUCAAGCAUUACGAAGGUUUCAAGAGCAACGUAGAGUCCGAGUCCAGUGCCAAGACCCAAGUAACUGUCAUGGGUCUGUCAGGCGGAGAGCUGAGAAACAGAAAUUAUGGCAGAGGAGAUUUAGUGAAGAAACCAGUUGCUCAGAAAAAAGAAUGAGGAGAGAGAGUGCCCAUGACCUUUCUGAGAAGAGGGCAACAGAGUCAGAUAUUGCAAGUAGCAGUGACCUGGCUGUAGGUCCUCUGAAGGAAAGAUUGACUGAAACUGGAAUAUCAGAGGCCAGGGAAAUGAGUGUUGCCAUAUCAGAGCUAGAUGCUUCAAGGGUGAACUAUGAUGUCAGUUCGACAAGUGAUGCUAGUCAGAAUGAAAUGGAUGGUCAAGAAGCGACUGACAAGGUGAUAUUAGAGAAGAGGGGAAUCAGAACUAAUAAUCCUGAGGGGACAAAUGGCAAAUCAUCAAAUCCAGAACCACAGGUGAACAGUGAGAACAUAAAUUGCACAAGUGGUUUUAGCAAUGUAGAAAAUGGGGUUUCAGGCAUUUCAUCCAUCUCGGAUGUUUGUAAACCAGACUUAGAUACUUAUAGAGAGACAAAGAAUGUCAUUCAUGAAAAUGUUGUAAAUUAUCGUGUGUCCAGCAGGAUAUCUGGUCAGUGCAAAAAUUUUAUUACACAGCAGUUAUUGACAAAAAUGUUUGUGAAAGCAGUUGAAGAAAAAUUAGAAUAUUGGACAGUUGAGUGGAGAAAACCUUUGUUAGAUUUUUAUAUUAAUAUUACCAAUUCCCACUUUAUUGUAGGGGUAUCAUUAUCAAGGGAGUCACUCUCACUGCGCCCGUAUAUUCCACACAUCACCCUAAGGUCCACUGUAGCCUACCUCAUGGCCAGAUUAGCGCAAGUACCCCAAGGAGGAGUGGCGCUGGAUCCCAUGUGCGGCGGAGGGACGAUUCUGUUGGAAAUGGCCAAGUGUUUUGAGGUUGGCUUGAUCAUUGGUGGAGACGUGAGCCAGGAACAGCUAAGAGUAUCAAGAUGCAACCUGCAAGAUGUAGGAGUACCGUUCAGUCUCCUUCGUAUGGAUGCGGCAGCUAUGCCACUGAUGUCCCAGUCAGUCAGCGUUGUAGUGUGCGAUGUUCCCUUUGGCCAGAAACACCAGUUAAAAGAUGAAAACGAAUCAACUAUGCUGCAAGAACUCCUGUGUGAAUGUCAGAGAGUGUUGAAGUGCAGUGGACGAUUAGUGUUACUCAUUUCAACGAGACAGCUUGAAAUUCUGAGAAAGAUCAUGCCUUGUCUGUCGUCAUUUCAACAUACUGUGCUGGCUGAAGAACAAGAAACUUCGCAACUGAAGCUUGAUGCUACUUAUCAGGUGUCUCUUGGGGAAACGUCAGCCCAUAUUGCUGUGCUCCAGAUGCUGCCAUGUAAGUAGAAAGCAGAAAGUGUCUCUUGAAAAUUUCUUCUAACUGUGAUGUAAUACUUUAGUAAUUUCUGUUGGUGAUUCAUCAUUUGUGUAUUGUUUGUGAGUGUCGUUUUGUAAAUAAAAGAGAGGAAAUAUACUUAA